CUUUAAAAAAAAUACAGUCGAAGGAACAGAUGAACCAAUAAACAAAAGUUAAUCAUUUUGUAGACACUAAUAUCGUUUUUUUAUUUGUGAAUCACUAUUUGCAUAAGAAUAAGUGAAGACUGAAUUUCGACGAAGAACAGCAAAAUGGAACAUCACCAAUUAAUCGAAGAAAUGCUACACAUUGAGCAAAUGCCUACUCAAGAGCGGUUAUUACUGGCCCGAAAGAGGAGAAUGCAUCAACUCAAAUUGUGGCAACAUAACGAGAAAGAGUGGGGUAGGAAGGCAUCGAAGAUACAAAAAACGAACAAAAGGGGUAUCGUUUUUAACGAUAGCGUUGUUUUGUUAGAGGCUGCGGCUAGAAACGAUAUUGAUGAAGUAAGACGAUUACUUAUGAAGGGAGUCAGUCCAGACUCUUGCAAUGAAGAUGGUCUCACAGCCCUCCAUCAAUGCUGCAUUGAUGACAACGAAUCAAUGCUAUUACUACUUCUAGAAUAUGGAGCCAACGUGAAUGCAGAGGAUAGCGAGAAAUGGACGCCACUUCAUGCGGCGGCUACUUGCGGUCAUCUCAAAUUAGUAAGAAUCCUAAUCACUCGAGGGGCUAACCUACUUGCAGUUAAUGCAGAUGGCAAUAUGCCAUAUGACAUCUGUGAAGAUGAAGGAGCCCUGGACUACAUAGAAAGUGAGAUGGCAAAAAGGGGAGUCACUCAACAACUAAUUGAUGAGACACGAGCAUCUACAGAGAAGUAUAUGCUGGAAGAUAUGAAGAAAAUAGCUGCUUCAGGUGGAAGUUUGGAGAAAUAUGAUAGUCAAGGAGCGACACCACUACAUAUUGCUGCAGCCAAUGGUUACAUAUCCGUGGUCGAAUUCCUGGUCGACAAUGGAGUACGAACUGAUGUGAAAGACAAAGAUGACUGGCAGCCUUCUCAUGCUGCAGCUUGUUGGGGCCAUUUGGAAGUCUUAGAGAUCCUUGCUCAUGCUGGAGCGAAUCUCAACGCCAGAAAUAAACAUGACGAAACUCCUUCAGAUAUCUGUGAAGACCCAGAGAUCAAAGAAAGGAUCAUAGAGCUAAAGACUGAACAGGAAAUAAAGAGACAAGCAGAAGCCAAGCGAAAAGUAAGGAGGUCGCAGAGUAAUACGAGAACACAGUCUGUAAGACGAACUUCCCUUAGAGAUAAAGGUUUGACAGCAAGAAGAGAUGCUGUUGAAGAAGCCAGGUUGCGGUUGCAGGCUGAAAGCAAUCACCUGGAUAAUCUAAAUACAGCUGUAAAUGGUCCAAAUCCAAAGCCAAUCUUGAACAAUAACCACUUACCUGACCUCAGUACAAGCAAUGAAAUAAGCUCAAAUUAUCCUUCGAACAUCGAAAUUAAUGCUGGCCAAGUGUCAGAAGACCGAAAGGCACCUGAAGGCAAAGAUGAUGAAUCCGUUCAGGAAGAAAUCGGAGACACGACAGAAAACACGUAUACUACUGAUGUCAACGGUAAAGUGACUGUCCACGUUGUGGUUACUAUUAAUGGCAACGGAACCUUGGCUGAUCUCAAGAAGCAGAGGAUGCAAAUCAGGAAUAGCAGUAAUGACAUCAAUAGUCUGUCAUCUCCCAUAGGGAGUAUAAUGGAGAAUGAUUCGAACUCCAGUCCCUCUACUGACAUCGUCAAGUUUACGGGUUACACUAUGGAAGAAAAUAUUGAAUACUCUAAGCCGAAACGAUGUUGUAUUAUACAGUAGUGUCCAAAGGAUCUCCAGGUAACCUAGCUUCAUCCUCCAAAGUCAAGAUCCCAUAUCCAAGCCGUUUUAUAUUCAAUGGUUGCCAUCCCCAGAACCUAUAAAGAAAUGUUGCAUUUAAUGAUUUUGAAGAUGACAUAGUUCUAUCAAUUUUGCAAUACAAUUUAUCUGUAUAUCUGAUAUGAAAUAUAUAAGUAUGAAAUGAUAAAUUGAUAUUUAAUUUGCUAUUCAUGGAGAUACCUGAUAUUGUAGUUAAAAUGCCUGAUUAUUUUUCUGCACCCUCACCUAAUUAAACAACUGUUCACAAAGCUCACCUUAUAUAGUAAAUAUUCUGGUUAUGCAUAGAUAGCAUCAUCAGAAUUGAAUGUCUCCAGUCAUCAUUCAAUCAAACCUCAUGAAGAGCUGCUUCAACAUUGUGUUGAGAAAAUUCAGUAUCUUCCU